AGACAUACUGUCCGAAGCGGUCAAGGAGAAGGUCACGCGCAUGACUUUGGCCACGUUCAGGAAUUUGAUUGAAAAGCCGACCGACGCUGAGAUUAUACGCGAUAACGCUAUUACAAUGGUUCAGUGCAAGGUGUUAAAACAAUUAGAAAUAUUACAACAAUCGGGUCAGAAGUUUGACGACGUGGACAUCAAAGAGGACAUCGACUUCCUGACUGAGAAACUCCUGGCGUCCGUACAGGACUUGUCCUCGUUUGACGAGUACGCCACGGAAGUGAAGUCCGGGCGCCUCGAGUGGUCGCCCGUCCACUCGAGCGACAAGUUUUGGCGAGAAAACGCCAGUCGUCUCAAUGAGAAGAACUACGAGUUGUUGAAAAUACUGGUGCGACUCCUGGAGACCAGUAAGGAUCCACUGGUGCUGUCCGUGGCCUCCCAUGACUUGGGAGAGUACGUCCGACACUACGGCAGAGGCAAAGUGUAG